AUGUAUCUAUUGAUUUUAAUCUUAUUCACCUGGACGUAUACAACACACGGAGUCAUUCAUACUAGUUUCCAUAAACAUCUCAUUCCAUAUUAUUAUGAUGCUAAGAGUUAUCGAAGUUAUUAUUUGAACAAAAGAUAUACUACUAACAAUUACUAUUCGUAUUACAGACCGUUGACCACCUGGAACAGUUAUCACUAUCCUUAUAAAAAGCAGAAUAAUAAUAGUAAUAGUAAUUAUUAUCGAAAAUCCAACUACCAACUAAUUCCUAGUGUGGAAAAACUGAAAUUUAUUGAAACUGAGACAAAGACCGAGACUAAAGAAUACAAUGAUAUCAGAACAGAGCACAGAAAAAAUGAUGAAUCAACUUUACGUGCUCAGAUGAAUUACAACUCAACAUUAUUCACUGGAGGUGAUAAAUCUGACGAAAAAUUAGUCGGACAAAGCAGUCAUCAGCAGUAUGAUCAGAAGAGAAUUUCCGGUGAUAAAGCAACACUGAGUGGGAAUGAUAACAAUGGGCCGAUAGGAUAUACCUAUAAUAAGUAUCAUCAUAACUAUUAUGAUAAUUAUCAGAAGAAUAUAAAACCACAGAGUAAUAACAAUCCGUAUUUAUCCAGAAGUUUCCUGAGCAAAUUAAAAGGAAAAUACCACUACGAUAGACAAGUAAUAAAACAACGUGAAGCAUUGUACUACCUUGUAAUUCGUCAGCCAAAGAAAUAUUACUGA